AUGGAGCUCUCUUAUCUCUGUUUCCUUCUUGUCUUCUCCACAACUACAUUUCUCAAUGUGGAUGCAUCUUUUACAGGAACAUAUGGAGUAAACUAUGGCCGGAUCGCUGACAAUAUACCUUCACCUCACAGUGUGGUAACACUUCUCAAAGCCGCAAAGAUCAAGAACAUCAGGAUAUACGACGCUGAUCACGAAGUCCUCACCGCGUUCAAGGGAUCGGGGAUUCAAAUAAUUGUUGGACUUGGAAAUGAGUCCCUGAAAGACAUCAGUGUAGCCGAGGAUCGCGCCAUGAAUUGGAUAAAUGAAAAUGUGCAGCCAUACAUUCCUGGAACUCACAUUUCCGGAAUAGCAGUGGGCAAUGAGAUCUUGGGGGGCGCUGAUGUGGAACUCUGGGAGGCCUUGUUGCCUGCUGCCAAGAACGUUUACAGCGCGCUUCAAAGGCUUGGUUUGGCGAAAUCCAUUGAGGUCUCAAGUCCACAUUCAGAGGCUGUGUUUGCCAAUUCUUACCCACCAUCUGCCUGCAUUUUCAGGGAAGAUGUUGCUCAAUACAUAAAGCCGCUUUUGGAGUUCUUCUCACAGAUCAAUUCCCCUUUCUACAUAAAUGCAUAUCCAUUUCUGGCCUACAAGAGUGAUCCUGAGCACAUUGACCUCAACUAUGCUCUCUUUAAGAAAAAUGCUGGGAUUCAGGACACAAAGACUAACCUGCACUACGACAACAUGUUCGACGCCAUGGUUGAUGCAGCUUAUUUUGCUCUGGAGAAGGCUGGAUUUGAGAAGACAGAGGUCAUUGUUUCUGAAACCGGUUGGGCAUCUAAAGGUGACCAAAAUGAAGCAGGAGCAGAUCCCAAAAAUGCCAGGACUUACAACUACAACUUACGCAAACGGCUAACGAAGAAGAAGGGGACACCUCAUAGGCCAAAGACGGUAGUGAAAGCUUACAUAUUUGCUUUGUUCAAUGAGAAUUUGAAGCCGGGGCCAACGUCUGAGAGGAACUUCGGAUUGUUCAAAGCUGAUGGGAGCAUUUCUUAUGACAUUGGGUUCACUGGACUUGUAGGUCCUUCUGCAGCAUCCUCAUCUCUCCUUAAUUACAAGGGUCUUGGACUUCGAGGCUGGUUUCAAUCUUCACAUACGUGGGUUUUCACAAGUUGUGCUGCUGUUCUGUUUUUAAUGUUAACAUGA